GUAGUGUGAGGCUGUUGGUCCGGUUCUAUGGCUGUUGGGAGAAUGAACAGAUCUCCUUGAUCAUUUAAAAAAACCAAACUACCCUUAAAAGACGCAGUGUGUCGUCAUGUUUUUGUGUAGAUGGGAAGGUUGUGAUAGUUUGCUCACGGACUGACUGUAUUAACGGUCGUAUGUUAACCUAGCUAAAGUGUACGCGCGACAGGAAAUUUCAACCUGAACUUGAAUAAUAACGGUCGUCGUGGUUUAUUCACCGACUUCCGUCCAGUUUCUUUUGUUUGUUUGUUUUGCCGUUUCUAACAACAACUAAAGGAGUACGAAUGAUCCAGAUGAAGCUAAGAAGCGGAUAAAACGCGGACGUAAAUAAUUGGUGCUUGAAAUGGCGAAAAUCUUUUUCGGACUCAGCCCAGAGAUGGAAUGUACGUCCACCUUUUAUCUGGCUCAGGGACUUUGGACGACUCUGACAGACAUGCUUGACUAUGCAGGACUGGUGAAGUGAGUAGAAAAGGCCUUCAGCACUUGUCCUAGAAUGUUUCUACUGAUGCAUGUGAAUAUUAUGGGAUGGCAAACCCGGAAGGUGACUAUCUACCUUUCUCAUGUUGGUGGCCUUGAUGGUUUUGAAGGAUCCCAGACUGAAGCUUUGGAGAUAAAGAGACUGAUGAAUGAUUCAAAGCUUGCCGUGGUCCAGCGCUAUGGUAGACAUGCCGAGCCUGUACAGUCCCUUGUCCCCGCUGGGCGAUCCAAUUUUGGACAGCCCUCUUUGUGGAGAACUCAUUGGUGACAUGGAGGUUCUCGAGGACAUUUCUCAGUCUCUCAGCGACGAUACUUUCAACUCCCUUCACGUACUGGACUACCAGAGCUGCAACACAGCAGUAGACGGCUCCACUCUCUUAGAUGUCUUAACCCCGGCAUCUAGUCCAUCCUCAGAAGUGUUCGUGGCCAGCACCGGUCAGGACGAGAACUCUUCCGGUUCUCUCGCCCUCGAGUGCCGCGUCUGCGCCGACCGGGCCUCAGGUUUCCACUAUGGAGUGCAUGCCUGCGAAGGGUGCAAGGGCUUCUUCAGGAGAACCAUUCGACUCAAACUGGAAUACGACAAGUGCGAACGCAACUGCAAGAUCCAGAAGAAGAACAGAAACAAAUGUCAAUACUGCCGUUUCCGCAAGUGCCUUGCAGUGGGCAUGUCCCACAACGCUAUCCGUUUUGGGCGGAUACCCCAAUCUGAAAAGCAGAGGCUGAAAGCAGAGAAGGACGUCAGCGGGAAAGAGGAGCACCAGUCUCCGCAGCUGGACACAAAGAGUCUGGCCAGGCAGAUGCACGAAGCCUACCUCAAACACUUCCACAUGAACAAAGCCAAAGCACGUGUGUUUCUCACAGGCAAGACCAGCACUCCGCCUUUCGUCAUCCACGACAUGGACUCUCUCCAGCAUGCCGAGAAGAAACUACUUACCCAGCUGCUGGGCAACAUGACGUCCGGCGAUGCCUCCACUCUGCGGGAGAGAGAAGUGGAGGCCCGGCUCUUCCUGUUCUGUCAGUACGCCUCGGUGGCGACGGUCACGGAGCUGACGGAGUUCGCCAAGGCCGUGCCCGGCUUCGCCACCCUGGACCUCAACGACCAGGUGACUCUACUGAAGUACGGCGUGUACGAGGCGCUCUUCGCCCUGCUGGCCUCCUGCAUGAAUAAAGACGGGCUGCUGGUGGCUCGCGGGGGAGGCUUUAUCACCCGCGAAUUUCUGAAGAGUCUGCGCAAGCCUUUCAGUGACAUGAUGGAACCCAAAUUUCAGUUCGCCAUGAGGUUCAACGCUCUAGAGCUGGACGACAGCGACCUGGCGCUGUUUGUGGCUGCCAUUAUCUGCUGUGGAGACCGUCCAGGACUGAGCGACGUGUCACAGAUCGAGCGCAUCCAAGAGAGCAUAAUUCAUGCCCUACGGCUUCAACUGUUGUCCAGCCACCCCGACAGCAGCUUGCUCUUUCCCAAGCUGCUGCAGAAACUGGCCGAUCUGCGGCAGCUGGUGACAGAGCACGCGGAGCUGGUCCAGGAGAUCAAGAAGACGGAAGAUGCUUCACUCCAUCCUCUUCUGCAGGAGAUCUACAGAGACAUGUACUGAGCUCGAAGCGUUCCCGUUCUCAGGAAGCGCUGAUACACGAGAGAUCCCUCUUUGUUCGGGACAGAAGAUAAAAAAAAGCAUCCGAGUAGAGGAAGACCGGCGGGAACAUCCUUGAGGUGUGUACCUGCUUUUGGAUCAAGCACUGCUGGGGCAUUAUAAGGCAAAGCCAGUGUAAUUUUAGGCUCAUGAAUAUUGCACUAACCUUUAACAGGGCACUGACUUUUACGAGGACGAUGCCUAUAGUUCUGUAAAAAAAAGUGCAAUAGAUGCUUUCCGCUAUAACAUGUACCAGGGCCGUUGCUAGCGGUGCGAAAGGUGGUGACAAUUCUAGGGGGCUGCAAUUUCAACUGAGGGGGACGAGCCCCCUGACCACCCACCCACCUCAAAAUGCGAUUUCAAGGGACCCAGAGCGACAACCUGCACCAGGGCCCCGGCCCCGGAUACCCCAGCUAUGGCCUAGAUGUGGCAUUUAAAUGUAGUAAGCAUAUGACACUCAAUUAACAAAAUAAAACAGUACACACUAGCACACACAUAAAUAUAUAUUGCUAAUUAAAGUGCCAAUUUCAGCUUUAUAAGCAUGUGUUUUUUUUUUCUGUUGCUUUUGACAAAUUUGGACACUGAGAUGAUGUGCUGUUCCAUGUUAAUGUAAUAUUUACUGGGCGGGGCUUUAGAUAUAGGGGCGUGGCUAUAAUCAAGUGUAACUUCCACCACUUCUGCCAGCACCAGCAGUAAAGAUUUAGGACCUGCAAUCUUGAAUACGGGAUGAUUUUUCAUGUUCUGAUGCUAGAAUGAAAUGUAUAGAGAGAGACAUAUAAAUCAGAUUGUUUACCUCAUUUGAAAUGCUUGUACAUUUUGAACAUCAUUUGUAAAAUAUUUUGUAUAAAUACUGUAUAGCACUCCAACUGUAAUUUUAUUGUACAAACGUGUUAUGUGUGUUUUGACUGAGUACUUGUAUUUGAUCGGUAAAUUAUCGUUUUAUUGAGGUUUCUUUCAGGGGAAAUAAAUGUAAUUUUUUUUUUUAGCAUUUAGAGCCAGAUAUACUGUAAGCUGAUGCAAUCCACAAGACCCUUGAUUAUCAGAGAAUGCUUUGUAGACUUUGGUUGUUUGAGUUUAAUGAAACAUUUCAUUUUCAGUUGUGGCUUUUGGAUGCGUAAUUGGUGACAAGUGGUGUUUGUUGUUUGAAAUGAAAUAUAAUGUUCAUAAAAAUGUUUAUUAAAAAAAAAAGUGCGA